AUGUCGGAGGCGGCCUCGACUGCUCCAUUUGCCGCAUCAAGUCAAUCCCACCCUUCAAAAAAGGGAGGGUGGCCUGAGGUUCCGGCAUUUUCAGCAACUUCCCCAUGCUUCCGCUCAGCCGCUUUGGCAGUGGAUGCCGUUGGUGGUGAGAAAUGGCGCCUCCGGGAGGGCUACGUGUCAGAAGGCCCGAGCGAGUCCUCGGUGAAUGUUGAGGACACCGAAGAUGAAAGCUUACAGCAGGCUCUUCCUGGUCUGGAGCGGUUCUAUGAGACAAUGGCUGCAAAGGCCCAGAUCAAGCCUGGAGCUGCUGGCACAUCAUCAAGCUGGGUGCUGUCAAUGGCGCGAAGCUAUCGCAGACUCUCAAAGGACAAAAGAAGACGUGGCCGCUUGAAGGAGCUGCUUCAGCCUGCUGGACAGGGUGUGCUGCGAAGUACUUCGGGAGGAAACCUGUCGUGCCCGGAGCAUUUGUGUUGGUCAUCCACAGACGAUAGCGGCUAUGAGGCUGGUUACGAAACAGAUGCAGAUGAGUCCGAGUUGAGUGAAUGGGAGAGUGGCAAUGUGCGACAAGGGCACAAGAGAAAGUUGGAAGCUUUGGUGAACUUGACAAAGCAGAUGAGCUUCUCCGCAGAGCGUCCAAAUUCACAGAAGAACGAGGAGAAUUUGGCUUUGGGUGAGGCCCGACAGCCACCACCGAAGACCCUACGCGCUUUGGGGACUCGCCCGGUGGGCUUACGCCUGUCGUUGCCCAACGGUUCUGACUCUGUCGCCCAUGUGCCUGAGUCCAAGAAUGGAACUGUAGCAUCCCCAGAUCACAUCUAUGAUCCACAUGUGAGUGGACCCAUGCCCGCCUUGGCUCAAUCUGAACAAAGCUUUCCGUCUACGUUGCCGCCUGCUGAUUAUCAGCUGCCCAGCCAAGCCCGCAGCGUCGUCAUGGCUCCAAACGUGAGUUAUUACGAUGCCACCAGCGUCACGGUGAACAGCACACAGCUGGCGGUACAGUCUUGGAUGGCGCCAGAAGCUCGGGAGAGCAUCCGGGACGCUCGGGACAAUGCUAUGGAGGCCAGGCGGAAGUCCCAGCAACUGGAGGAAGCGAACCUUGAGUUGAAGCGCGUUAAGGAGCGUAGAGACCUAGUCUUCACUCUGGCAGAGAGGGGCGGUGGUUUGCUCUUGCGAGGAUGGAGAAGAGAGCUAGAUCCCGACGGUUCCAUGGACGUGACUGUCAAGGAGUUGGAUUGGCAUUUGCGUCGACUUGGGCUCGGGGACUUUUCUGCCAAGACGAUUAUAGGCAACAAAAUGGAUGAGAUGCUGACCCUAGAGGAGCUGUGUCCAACAGAUGGGGAGCUCGUAAGUCGCAUUCGCGAUUGGAUAAAGGACGAGUUUGGGAGUCCAGCUGCUUUGUGGACAGUCAUUGACUCCAAGCAGCUUGGAAAUCUGGACAGGGAAGGCUGGAUUACCGCAUGUAUUUCCAACGGAUUCCAAGGAACUGCUCAAGAGCUCUCCUACCUCUUUGAUUUCAUAGAUAUCGAUGAGAGUGGACAGGUCAACAAAGAGGAAAUCCUCUUCUUGGAAACAGACUGCGAGGCGAGGGACAAGGCCAUCUUCGAGGAGAAGAUGAAGUCUCGAGGUCAAGUGCAACGGCUUUGGGCUUCGGUCUACUGGUCUGAAUUGCACAAGGAUCUGUCGCCUUUGCACAGAAUGGCACCAAGGCCAUGGAUGGCCAAGUCCUUUGAAAGCCUUCCACCUUUGGUGAUUGUUCGACGCCAAAGGCGAUUGCGGGAGGUCAGAAGUCGCCAGAGAGUAGCAAAGUCAGUUUUCCUGAAAGGGUUGAUCCAUAAAUUUGGUUCGUGUGCCCGUGCUUGGCGACGGGGCAUUGAUCCCAAUGGUCACUUCUAUAUCGACAAACUGAUUUUGCGACACUUCUGUAGGACUCAGGAAUUGGACAAAGAGGUCCACCUACAGUCCUUGUGGACCACUCUGGAUACGGACAAAGAUGGUCGAGUUGGUCUUCAAGACGUUGCGCCCUUGGGUGCCGUGGCACUGGCCUCCUUUAGGGCCUGGUGCCGUCGCUUGCGCGGCUCUUGUCGUGGAAUUUGGAACCUUCCAUGCUUGGUGGAAGCCCGGGCAAUGCCGCAGAAGGAUGGUUCGGUGCAACUGAUGUCUGACCGAAAGAUACUGGUGCGAAAGUUUGCCGACUGCCUCAAGGUCUUGGGCUGGCAAGGCGGUGGUGACCAGGCGGAGAUGCUGUCAGCCCUGGACUACUACAACGCUGGCUUCAUUUCUGAGGCUGACCUAUACUGGCUAGACACUUGGGAGCCACCUCUUUUCCUGACAGCAGAGGCUUCGGAGGAGGCGUGGAAUGAGAUCAGAGACAGCUUGCUGGAACGCUUUGGAACACCCUUGAAUGCUUGGCGGCAUCUGGACGUUGACGGGCAAAACGAGGUCUCAUGGGCCGAAUUUGUUGCUGGUUGCAGGCGGAUAAGAUAUAAAGGUGACACUGGGGCAGCCUGGAGAUUCAUCGAUAAUGAUGCUUCAGGAUACAUUAGCAUGGAAGAGUUCAGCCCAGAGCACUACAAUGUACUGAUGUCCUUCAAGGAAUGGGCAUCCGGCUUGUAUGGCUCUGUGGGCAAUGCCUUCAAGAACUUUGAUAAAGAAGGUGACGGGGCUCUGACAUUGAGUAUCUUGAGGCGAGCAUGUCAGAAGGGAAAAUGGAGUGGCGAUCCCCAGUUGCUUUUUGAUUCCGUCGGACCCAGUGGCCCAGUGAGGGACAACAAACUCAAGCAGAUCACGGUGGAUGACGUUUCCUUUCUGGAUCUCUGGCCAGAUCGAGAAGAUCGAGAUCAGGAUGAUCAAGGGGUCGAGGGGGUCGAAGCAGAGGCUGACGAGCUCAUUGCCGAGGAACCCAAGCAAGGGGCACAGGCAGCGCAGGCGGCGCAGGCGACGGCCGAAGAUACCAAGGCGCUGAAGUUGACGCCCACGGUCUUCGAGCGCCUCUAUGCUCCGGCUCCGGUGAAGCGUUGUGCAUCGGCUCCGACACUGAAGAAAGAGGAGGUCCGAAAAUCUGAGCAGAAAGCGAAGCAAGUACAGAGGACGUACCACUACAACCACUGUCACACUCAACUCAAAGCUAGACAGCGGCAGCCAAAGACUGCGAAAGGCAAGCUGCCUUGGCUGGAAAAACUCUACAGGAUCAGCCACGAGCCAAUUCCCGCCACAGAUGCGCAAACACGUCAUAACCCAGUUCAUUGA